AUGGAAAAUAGUGUUGCAGAGCAUCAUCACUAGUUCAUCAGAUGAAGUGAGCAUCAUUCCGACUGAGCAUAUUGUAAGCUAAUUGGGAAACUGGGUUUCUUGCCUCAACUGGAAAUUUGAACUGGGUCAGCAUGAACUUCUUUUGUUGUGGUUCAUCACAACGUGAUACCAACCAGCCGAACACAGCUGCAAUAACUUUCUAUAACAGUGAUCAGACCACCCUGGUACAAGAAUUUACUUUUAAAGAGCUAGCUGAUGCAACACAGAACUUCAGUCUAGAAUGUCUGGUGGGUGAAGGCAGCUUCGGUAAAGUUUACAGAGGGAAACUCCAAGAAACUGGAGAGAUCGUGGCUGUCAAGAAAUUAAACUUGGAUGGAUUACUAGGACACCGAGAAUUUCUUGUACAAGUGACAAUGAUGAGCCUUUUUAAUCACCCAAAUCUGGUAAAUCUUACAGGAUAUUGUGUUGAAGGUGAAGAGAGAAUUUUAGUGCAUGAAUAUCUGCCUAUGGGAUCCCUGCACCACUAUCUGCACGACAGAUCACUGAAGCAAAAGCCGCCUUUAGAUUGGCAUACACGAAUAAGAAUCGCUCUGGGGGUAGCCAGAGGUUUAGAAUGUAUACACCAUUCUAGUCCUCCAAUUAUCUACCUCAACCUAAAACCCUCCAACAUCUUACUAGACUUUGAUUUUAAUGCUAAGCUCUGUAAUUUCAAGCUAGCUAAGAUUGGACCUUUCAGAGACAAGAGAAUUAACCUUGAAAAGGUGAUGUUGGGAGCUCAAGGCUACUUUGCACCAGAGUACAAAAAAACUGGUCUUCUAACUGUGAAGACGGAUGUAUAUAGCUUUGGAGUUGUUUUACUAGAGUUGAUCUCAGGGCGAAGAGCUAUCGAUCUUUCAAGGCCAUCUAAGGAGCAAAAUCUGGUCUCUUGGGCCCAACAGAGAUUAAAGAAACCAAAUAAGUUUCCAGAGCUAGCUGAUCCGCUCCUUCAGUAUGAAUAUCCAGUUAAAAGAUUAAAUCAAGCACUCGCAAUAGCAGCCAAGUGUCUUCGUGAAGAACCAUCAGCACGACCCAUGAUGAGCGAUGUAGUUGCUGACCUUAUGUGCCUCACCUCCGACAACUUUAAUGACAUACGUGUGUACUCGUGUUGACGGAACCUUGCAUUGAAGAAUUAAGAUCACCCUUGAGUUCAGUAUAGAUCAGAUCAUGCUUGUUUUCCUAUCAUUUCUAUCCCGCUCUCUUUGUAUUUUCUCUCUUUUUGUAUGACUUGUAAUCAAUAUACAUAUGUGUACAUUUUGUGGAUAACAAAUUAACAAUUAUUGACAAAGAUCUGCCCAUGUAUAAGAAGCAAAAUCAGAAAUAUAUAUGGGGAUUAUUCUAAAAAAUCAGUCUUUCAAGUUUCAACCUUAAAUUGAUUCAAGCCAUAAAUACUAAAAUAGAAAGACAUUGUUAAUGUUAUGGUGCACUCUCUAUUUUUUUUUUUUUUAACUUGCUUUUACAAAACUAGUUACGAGUUUGCGACAAAUAUGAAGAGAGAGAAAAAAAAAAUAAAAAAAAAAGUGGAGUCAAUUGUGAAUAGAAUACUACAUAGAAAAAAAUUAUAGAAAAAAAAUGACAACUCAUAUACCAUAAAACCGGUUGUACCUUGUAAUUUUAAUUAUAAUCCGUUGUUACACAAAAAUACAAAAUAAGUCUGCUACCCCUUUUGGCCAUUUGUCACAA